AUGGUCUUCAACGCCCUGCUCCGCUCCCUCCGCGGCUCCAACCUCGAAGUCUUCAAGUUCGGAAUGUACCUAGCCUUCCCCAUCGGCUGGAUGUACUACUUUGGCACCAACCUGGACGAGCGCUUCUCCGUGCCGGACUUCUGGCCCACCAGAGAACACUCCCACACGCUACCGUACGACCACUCAGAGCUCAAGAGUGAGGUGGCGCGGCUGCAGCAGAAGAUGCGCGAGAAGGCGGAGCGGCAGAAGCGGUUGCGGUCGCAGCAGAUGGAAAAUGAGAGCACGGCGGAGUCAUAG